CUUUUGUAAUAUCCCUUCAUGCUGAGGACAACAUCACAGUAACAAUUAAACGUGCAUCUUCUGUUCCACUGCAACCAGACUGUAAAAUCUGUUUGAGACAAACAUGCAAAUCUGAAGUUAGGAUAACUACUGCUGUGAAAAUAGAAAAUUAUACUUUCAAGUGUGCAGCACCAGAGAAAUUUUUAGUCAUGGAAAUCCAAAAGAACAUUGAUUGUAUGUCGGGCCCAUGCCCCUUUGGAGAUGUUCAUCUUCAGCCAUCAGGAUUGCCUCGCCUUAACAGGACCUUCAUUUGGGAUGUGAAAGCCAAUAAGAAGGUUGGACUUGAACUGAAAUUCUCUACACCAUGGCUAAGGCAGAUUGGGCCCACAGACACUUGUCCCGAUUUAAUCACUUACAAGAUCAGCAGCUAUAUCGAUGCUACUACAGUCAACAUUGGAACGUUCUGCAGAAAUGGCUCCGUGUCUCGGGUCAAGGUUCAGGGAGGUGUUGUGAUGGCUUUGCAGAUCCCAUGGAAUUCACAUCUCCCCACUUCUGGCUUUAACAUAGCAAACAGAUCUUCCAUAAAAAGGUUGUGUAUUAUUGAAUCUACUUUUAAAGGAGAGAUGUCAGCAACCCUAAUGUCUGCCAACUACCCACUGGGCUUCCCAGAAGACGAGCUCAUGACGUGGCAGUUUGUUGUUCCUUCUAACCUUAGAGCAAGCAUCUUCUUCCGCAACUAUAGCCUUUCCAACUGUGAAAGGAAAGAGGAAAGGGUGGAGUAUUACUUACCUGGAUUGUACGGUAGCCCUGAGGUGUAUAAACUGAGCGACAAACAACCUGCCAAUAUUGCUGGCAAUUUCAACUUGUCCCUGCAAGGCUGUGAUCAUGAUGAUCAGAACCCUGGAAUGCUCCGUCUGCUUUUUCAGAUUGUAGUUCAACAUCCUCAGAAUGAAGAGAAUGUAACAUACUUAAUUGACUUAACCAAAGAGAAGGACCUAAGUGUAACAAUACAUACCAAAUCACCAUACAAUGGGCACCCGAUGCAGUUUGAACCAGAAUGUUUGAUCUGUAAAGAUCCUAGAACCUGUCAACACAACGUAACUUUAAUAUCAGGCAACACAUACAUGAUUUCCUUCUUGUGUUCUGAUUUGGAGCAUCUGAGGAUCACAGCUGAAAAAACCAUAGUCUGUUGGGAUCUCAGGUACUGCCAAAAGAAGAUCUAUGCCCUCACUGUGCCCAGGGCUAUUUUCCAACUCCCCAUUCGGCUGGAUAAGUUUAUUUGGAAGCUGUUGGCUCCAGAAGAGAUCAAUGUGGAAAUAACAUCUCCAUCCUUGAAACUACAACAACAUGUCCAAGAGCAUAAGUGCAAUACAAGUUACAGCUAUGGCAUUGUCAGCACCACUAAGGAAAAGGAAUUAGACCUGGGUAUAUUCUGUCCUGGUGGAGCCAUUGAAAAGAUUCAGAUGAGAGACAAUAUCACCAUAUCCCUAAAAACAUUUGGCAGAGGAUUCUUCAAUGCGUCUCUUAAUCAGGAUCUGAAAAUGUCUUUUGUGCCUUUUAUUAAAGAGGAAUGCAUCUUCACUGUGACCCCCGACGCAAAAGCUCAAGUUUAUCUACAGACUCCUAACUGGUUCCACGGUUUGCCUCCUUAUGUCUCUGUGUCCUGGAACAUCACAGUCCCCAGUAAGCAAGUUGCUCGCUUAGCAUUCUCGAAGGAGCGGAUGGACAUUGCUUGUGAAACAGGGCGCGCCUACGUCAACAUAAAGGAACAAAAACCAAGGGCUGAAGAAACUGUGCGCCGUGAAGAUGAGAUGCUUCCUGAGCCCCUUCAUAUGUAUCACCACUUCUGGGUAAACAUCUCUAACUGCAAACCAGUGAACAAGAAGCAGCUGAGCCUGCAGUUCUGGUUGACAUUUGUCCAGCAAAAGACAGAUUCGCUAGUGAUAAUCGCUGUGGUGGUUGGAGUGGCUGGAGCACUUGCAGUUAUUGGAAUCAUCAUAUGCUGCACUAGAAAGAAGAGGAAAGAAAGCCAGAACCCUGGGGUAGGUAUAUACAAUGCCAACAUCAACACCCAGAUGCCUGGAAGACAGGACUUUUUCAAGAAGAGGAGGCAGGACAAUGAUUCCCAUGUCUAUGCAGUCAUUGAUGAUGCCAUGGUCUAUGGAGAUUUUCAGAUGCAAGCCAAUGGAUCAAUCAUUCCUGAGGUAGAUGUGUAUCGGCCUUUUGAUGGACCAGUGAGUGCCAUACCGCCUACUCCACCUCCCAUCUCUUUCAUGAAAGCCACUAAAGUUUCUGACCCAGGGGAGUCCCCAUUCUGCUCAGUGAGUGACAGUGAGCCGUACACUUUUGCACAUCGCACACCAGAGGAAACCAGGAGCACUGAAGAGACACAAGUGAACAGUGCUGGAGAUGUGGACGUGCCCUUAUUGGAAAGUAAGAAACAAGAAGGCUUAGAAGAAUAGCUUAUUCCAAAGGAAUGAUUUUGGUUUGUAAAUAAGGGUGACACUGUGAAGAAAAGUGCUCUUGUGUGCUAUGGAAAAAUCAGAAAAGGAGAUUUAUUUUUUUAAGCAUGCAUAGACAUGGGUUGUUUUAACCUCAACAGCUGAUAUAUUCAAUUUUAGAAUGAACUUUUAGGAAACCUGUCCACUGUUCAUGUGCAUCCAUGAAUGAAAGUGCUUCUCUUUUGGAAAUGGAA